UUUUUCUAUUUUAACAUAUGGUUUUCGAAUUUGGUAAAAAAAAUCGUUGUAUUUUUGAAAAUAAAUCCCCGCCGCCGCGGACGCGGCAAGGCGCGCGAGUGCGGUACAACCACCUUGCUGCGGCCCCGCUGCGCCCAACGUCGCCAACUCAAACGGGCUCCACUUUGCCGUCUGUUCCACCUAAUACUGUAAUAUCUGCCCACCUGUCUCCUUCGCUGCCCAUAGAGCAUAACAUACAGGUCCAUAGAGCUCGCCGCCUCCUUGUCUCCUUCGCUGCCUCUCUCUCGUCGUCGUCCCUCGCAGGGAAGCACGGGGAAUUAACCGCCGCCAUGAGCUACUACGGCCAGCAGCAGCCCCCCGUCGGCGUGCCUCCACAGCAAGGGUAUCCAGGGAAGGAGGAGUACCCGCCGGCAGGCUACCCUCCGGCCGGGUACCCACCGCCGGGGCAGGGGCAGGGCUACCCUCCCCAGGGAUACCCGCCGCCGCAGCAGGGUGGGUAUCCGCCACAGCAGGGUGGGUACCCGCCGCAGCAAGGGUACCCGCAGCAGGGGUACCCGCCUCAGUACGCCCAGCAGCCGCCGCGGCAGCAGCAGAGCAGCGGCCCCUCCUUCAUGGAGGGAUGCUUGGCUGCCCUUUGUUGCUGCUGCCUGCUGGAGGCUUGCUUCUAAGUUCUAAGCGACAAGGAACGGAUUUGGUGCAGCAAAUUGGGAUUCAGUGAGCAGAUUUGUGUUCCAUAUUGGAGAUUGGGAUUGGCUUGUUGAUUAGUACUCGUACUUCUUAGAGGAGAUUGCAAUAACUCCUUACCGUCAUGUUUGUAUGUUCAGAUCAUUGUUGUACCUCUUCGCAAAAAAAAUAUGAUUGGUGUA